UGCGGGGCAGGCAGCAUGGUUCACUCCAGCAUGGGGGCUCCAGAAAUAAGAAUGUCUAAGCCCCUGGAGGCCGAGAAGCAAGGUCUGGACUCCCCAUCUGAGCACACAGACACGGAAAGAAAUGGACCAGACACUAACCAUCAGAACCCCCAGAAUAAGACCUCCCCGUUCUCUGUGUCCCCGACUGGCCCCAGCACCAAGGUGGGCAUUCUCUCUGGCCUCCACUUAACAUUCUGGGGUCCCGGACCCUGCCUCUCUCCCCCCCAGAUCAAGGCUGAAGACCCCAGCAGUGACUCAGCCCCAGCGGCACCCCUGCCCCCCCAGCCGGCUCAGCCGCAUCUGCCCCAGGCCCAACUCAUGUUGACUGGCAGCCAGCUAGCCGGGCUCACGGCGCUGAUGCCAGCUCAGCAGCAGCUCCUCCUGCAGCAAGCGCAGGCCCAGCUCCUGGCCGCCGCGGCCGCCGCUGCCUCCUCUUCCUCCUCCUCCUCCUCCUCCUCGACCUCGCAGCCCCCAGCCUCCUCCGGGGGAGGCGACCUGCCGCCACCACAACCUGCCAGCCAGCCCCCCGGGACCCCACAGCUCACCCUGUCCCAACCCAUCCAGCUCACAGCACAGGACAUCCAGCAGCUCCUCCAGCUUCAGCAGCUGGUGCUCGUGCCGGGUCACCACCUCCAGCCACCUGCUCAGUUCCUGCUGCCGCAGGCCCAGCAGAAUCAGCCAGGCCUGCUACCAACGCCAAAUCUAUUCCAGCUACCUCAGCAAACCCAGGGAGCUCUUCUGACCUCCCAGCCCCGGGCGGGGCUGCCCACACAGCCCCCCAAAUGCUUGGAGCCACCAUCCCAUCCCGAGGAGCCCAGUGACCUGGAGGAGCUGGAGCAGUUCGCUCGCACCUUCAAGCAACGCCGCAUCAAGCUGGGCUUCACGCAGGGUGACGUGGGUCUGGCCAUGGGCAAGCUCUACGGCAACGACUUCAGCCAGACGACCAUCUCCCGCUUCGAGGCCCUCAACCUGAGCUUCAAGAACAUGUGCAAACUCAAGCCUCUCCUGGAGAAGUGGCUCAACGACGCAGAGACUAUGUCUGUGGACUCAAGCCUGCCCAGUCCCAACCAGCUGAGCAGUCCCAGCCUGGGUUUCGACGGGCUCCCCGGCCGGAGACGCAAGAAGAGGACCAGCAUCGAGACAAACGUCCGCUUCGCCUUAGAGAAGAGUUUUCUAGCGAACCAGAAGCCUACCUCAGAGGAGAUCCUGCUGAUCGCAGAGCAGCUGCACAUGGAGAAGGAAGUGAUCCGCGUCUGGUUCUGCAACCGGCGCCAGAAGGAAAAACGCAUCAACCCCUGCAGCGCGGCCCCCAUGCUGCCCAGCCCGGGCAAGCCAGCCAGCUACAGCCCCCAUCUGGUCACGCCCCAGGGGGGCGCCGGGACCCUGCCGUUGUCCCAAGCUUCCAGCAGUCUGAGCACAACAGUUACUACCUUAUCCUCAGCUGUGGGGACCCUCCACCCCAGCCGGACAGCUGGAGGGGGUGGGGUCGGGGGCGGGGCCGCGCCCCCCCUCAAUUCCAUCCCCUCUGUCACUCCCCCACCCCCGGCCACCACCAACAGCACAAAUCCCAGCCCUCAAGGCAGCCACUCGGCUAUCGGCUUGUCGGGCCUGAACCCCAGCACGGGAAGCACAAUGGUGGGGUUGAGCUCCGGGCUGAGUCCAGCCCUCAUGAGCAACAACCCUUUGGCCACUAUCCAAGCCCUGGCCUCUGGUGGAACCCUGCCCCUUACCAGCCUUGACAGCAGCGGGAACCUGGUGCUGGGGGCGGCUGGCGCGGCCCCAGGGAGUCCGGGCCUGGUGACCUCGUCACUCUUCUUGAACCACGCCGGGCUGCCCCUGCUCAGCGCCCCGCCUGGUGUGGGCCUGGUCUCGGCAGCCGCUGCGGCCGUGGCGGCCUCCAUCUCCAGCAAGUCUCCUGGCCUCUCCUCGUCCUCGUCCUCGUCCUCCUCCUCCUCCUCCACUUGCAGUGAGGCGGCAGCACAGACCCCUGGAGGCCCAGGGGGGCCCGAGGUAGGGUCCAAGCCUGAGUGAGGGCCCGCCACGCCUCCCCUCCUCCUCCUCUGACCCCCGCCUCCGUCCCCCACCUGGGAAGAGGGCGCGGAGGCCAUUGGUGGGGAUGCAGAGGGUCCUCGGAGCAGGAGUGACAAGGGAGGAAAGACCAAAAAACAAAAAACAAAAAAACAACCAACCAAAAAGAAAGAAAGAAAGAAAGAAAAGAAACCAACCAACAGAAAAAAGAAAACCAAAAAUAAUCACAAAGAAACCAGCUGCCCCAAAGGAACAAGAGGUGAAAAACAAACAAACAUUAAAAAAAAAAAAAAGAAAACCAAAAACAAACAAAAAAUCCCUCACCAAACCGAACAAACCAAAAACCAGUCUCGAGCCAGACCUCAGUGUGCUCACUCUCACUGCUACGACACCAAAUAAGAGCCCCAGCCAGGGGCGGAGAAGCCUCGGCAGGGCGGACACGCGGGCCCCUGGCUGCGGGGCGAAGCCUCCCGCUGCGUGCGGCGCGGGCAGAGAAGGAACAAGAGAAUGUGCCAGCCUCCCAGCCCCAGCCCUCAGUCCUGGGCCAGCCAAGACAGGGAGGGCACAGCCUGGGGCUGAUGGGGUGGGCUCAGAACCACCCGCCGAAUAUUCUUUUCCAGAAGGUGAAAGAGAAAGGGCCUGAACAACUUUACACCAAAUAUUCAGUAGCUUCAUCCAAAGGAUGUACAGAAUUUUUAGCGUUGUGCUCAACAGAAUGUGUCCCUGUCAUGUGUCCCCCCCCUCUCCCCUGGCCCCCAGCUCUCCCUGCCCGGGCAGGGGGGUCUCGCUUUAACUUCCUUCCUCCCCCAGCCAAGGGAGAGUUCAGGGGAAGGCCUGGGAUGACUUUUCACCCCUUGUACCUCCCCCUUUUUCCCUUUGAAGGGUGGGCUAGGCCGUUUUGCCAAGUUCUAGCUCUCACAUGUCCCCCCUCAACCCUGUCACCCUCCUCUGCUCUGGAAUC